CAUGUAACCAGAGAAAAUUAUUUACAUGCAUAACUUAAUCAAACUGUCUAUCAUGUAAAAAAAAUUUACCAUUGAAUUUAAACUGGAUUUUGGAAAAUGAGCUUAAAGUAGACCAUUAGGAUUGUUACCACUGCGGCACGGAAGGAUGUGAUUGGUGAAGCCAUCAGGGGAAAUAGCCAAUGGCUGUGGUUCCCUGGAGAGGGAUAUGAGGCAGUUGGGACAGGCGUCAUUGUUGGAGGUGAGGGCUGAGCUGUCAGAGAGAGGUAGCAAUGAUGGCUGAACCCUAUAAGCUCGCUGCAGGAGCAGCUGACAAUGGAGUAUUUCUACAGGAAUUAUGUAAUAUUCCUGUCAUAGCUUCUGCCGCCCAAAAGGUAACGACUGCCCACAAGUCACUCUGCACGACGGUACCUCUUUAUGGGCAGGUCUCCUCGGCCGCAAUUUCCUUCACUCUCUCCUUUGUUCACACGGCCCACCAGUACAACCUGGUGAAGGCGUCGGUGAAAAAGGCUGAAGGCCUGGGUCUACAUGUAAUAACCACGUUGAGAAAAGAUUACCCAAUCGUUGAGAAACCUACCGAGGAGGUGGUGGAGGCAGUGAGCAAGAGUGCACGUAAGGUUACACUGCUUGGUGCCUCUUGUGCUGUGACUACGGUCGUUAACCAGUCAUGCUGGUUAACAGAAGCCUUUAUAUGUACGGUAGAGAAGACAUGCGCUGCCAUAAUUCGUAAAGAAGAGGAAGUGAGCGCGCGGCUGGUACAGGAAGCACACAGACUGAAGUGCCUCUCGCCUAUACACUUUCUCAUUUACGUUGAACGAUGCCUUAGGAGCUCCAGACUGGCGGUGCAAGCGUGGCGGUGCUCUGGUACUUCCUCUAACAUAGCUACGAACUUGAAGCCCAGGAAGGUCACGCGCCGCAAAAGCGUGUCGACAAAGAACAAAUGCAAGUGGACGAUUAUGAUACGCAGGGCGAUCUCCUGGUUGAACAAAUUUAGUCUAGGCACAUUUGUUCAUCCUGAAAAUGAACAUUCCAAGGGGACAAGGCAAGAGCCUGCUGAAGAAUCUUCGGAGGAGUCGACUGAAGAGGAGUAUUACCGCAGUAUGUUUAGUAGAGAGCAGCUGAACCGCCCUUUAGAAGACUACUUUAACAGCGAGGACGACGAAGACUCCAGUGAUGAUCCAGACUACACGACAGGGACUUCGGCAGGAAGCACGACAGAUAGCUUGGAAUACCGCUCAACUGUGCACGAGGAAAGUGAAAACUCGUUCAUCGAGGAACUCAUUGGAACACACAAAGCAUUUAAAGAAAAAUAUUUGGAGGAAUCGGCUGUCGGCGAGGUGGUGCCGGACGGAAUGGCUGUCGGCGAGGUGGUGCCGGACGGAAUGGCUGUCGGCGAGGUGGUGCCGGACGGAAUGGCUGUCGGCGAGGUGGUGCCGGACGGAAUGGCUGUCGGCGAGGUGGUGCCGGACGGAAUGGCUGUCGGCGAGGUGGUGCCGGACGGAAUGGCUGUCGGCGAGGUGGUGCCGGACGGAAUGACUGUCGGCGAGGUGGUGCCGGACGGAAUGGCUGUCGGCGAGGUGGUGCCGGACGGAAUGGCUGUCGGCGAGGUGGUGCCGGACGGAAUGGCUGUCGGCGAGGUGGUGCCGGACGGAAUGGCUGUCGGCGAGGUGGUGCCGGACGGAAUGGCUGUCGGCGAGGUGGUGUCGGACGGAAUGGCUGUCGGCGAGGUGGUGCCGGACGGAAUGGCUGUCGGCGAGGUGGUGCCGGAGGGUUCGGCUGGUGGCGAGGUGGCGCCGGAGGGUUCGGCUGGUGGCGAGGUGGUGCCGGAGGGUUCGGCUGGCGGCGAGGUGGUGCCGGACGGAAUGACUGGCGGCGAGGUGGCGCAGGAGGGUGCGGCUGGCGGCGAGGUGGCGCAGGAGGGUGCGGCUGGCGGCGAGGUGGCGCAGGAGGGUGCGGCUGGCGGCGAGGUGGUGCCGGACGGUUCGGCUGGUGGAGAGGCGGCGCCGGAGGGUUCGGCUGGCGGCGAGGUGGCGCCGGAGGGUUCGGCUGGCGGCGAGGUGGCGCCGGAGGGUUCGGCUGGCGGCGAGGUGGCGCCGGAGGGUUCUGGACAAGACUAAUGUACCAGAUGCAAUAUAAGAACUAAAGAUCACAGCACAUACUUUAAAUCUAUUUAAAAAGUUUGUAGUUUUGUUUAUAAAGUAUCUACAGCUCCAGAAUUUGAGCCAAUAACUCAUUUGUAAACUAAGUUUGUACAUUGAGCAAUAAUAAGAGUUAACUUGGUUGUUUGAACGAUAAAAUGUAAUUGGUGUAACUACUCUUACAGGUUAAUGUAAGAGAUGUGCCAUUAAGAUAAUUUACGUGUAAGUUCAAUGCAUAUUAAAAAUUAUGGUAGCUGUAAUA